AAACCCAACACACUCUGUCAAAAAGCUUCACUCUCUCCUCCUUCCCUUUCUCUCUUCUCCAUAAAAGGAACCUCUUACUCUCUCAGAAAGUUCCAACCUUUAACACCUCAAAUCUUAAGAAAAAACUCUAAGCUUUUUCAGCCAAGAACCCCUCUUCAACAUGCCUUCUGAAUUCAGCGAAUCUCGUCGGCUUUCUAAGAUUCCUCACGGCAGUGCAACGGUUGCGAUUCCGGCGGAUCAGCAAGAGCAGCUCCCUUGUCCUCGCUGCGACUCAACCAACACCAAGUUCUGUUACUACAACAACUACAAUUUCUCACAGCCUCGUCAUUUCUGCAAGUCUUGUCGUCGUUACUGGACUCAUGGAGGUACCCUCCGUGACAUUCCCGUCGGUGGUGUUUCCCGCAAAAGCUCAAAACGCUCCCGCACUUACUCCUCCUCCGCUACAUCCACCGUUGUGGGGAGCCGUAACUUUCCGUUACAAGCGAUGCCUGUUCUUUUCCCUCAAUCCUCUUCCAACGGCGGUAACACUGCGGCGAAAGGGAGUGCUUCGUCGCUUUACGGUGGUUUCACCUCUUUGCUCCACUACAACGCCGCUGUGAACAGAAAUGGGCCUGGUGGUGGCUUUAACGGGCCAGAUGGGUUUACUCUUGGGCUUGGUCACGGGUCCUAUUUCGACGACGUCAGGUUUGGGCAAGGGAUAACGGUCUGGCCGUUUUCAACUGGCGCUACUGAUGCUGCAACUACUACAAGCCACGUUGCACAAAUACCAGCCACGUGGCAGUUCGAAAGUCCAGAGAGCAAAGUCGGGUUCGUGUCCGGAGACUACUUAGCAUGAGCAGCUUCUCUACCUUUCUAUUUUGGCUUCUCUACCCUAACUUUUUAAGUUUUAGUGCUCCCUAGUAGUGAGUGAAUUUGGUUCUUAUUUAGUUAGGUUACUAAACUACAAAUUCAGAGAAACGUUUGUUUGUUUUUGGCUCUAAUUAAUGUCAUCAAUUCCAAGUUUGGAAAUCUUGGAAAACAGAAUUCAGUUAUGAAAUGCUAAUCCGAAU